CAAAAAAGAGUACUUGCGAAGUAAACAUAUUCAAUGUUUGGACCACAGAAUUGACAACAAUUAACGCAGUUAUAGGUAGCCCUUAUUGCAUUUCACGAAGACAGCUUACCGAUUCGCGUAGGAUCCAUCGAGCUAAAGCGAGUCGAUGAUUCCAAAAGAGAAGACAUGUGGCGAUUAUGGUUGGAAGCGUCUGUGUCACAGAGUACUGAGCUGAGGGAGAGACAAACCAUUCUCGUGGAGCGGAAUAAAGAUUUAGAGAAUCACAAGGAAGCCAUGGAACAGCAGAUUGAAGACAUGACGCGUGAAAAAAUUGCCGCCGACAUGCAAAUGAUGCAAAAGCUGAAACAACUGAUUAAUACCAAGAAAAGAAAGAUCAUGAAACUGCAAAGCUUGAUUGAUCAGCAGAAAUCACAUAAAGUUCUCCCAUCAACACAGUCUUCACAAGGCCCGUCCCGUCGGAAACGCGGUGCUUCCUCACAAUCAGAUGCGACGGAAAGAAAACGGCCGAAAAAGAAGCACUCUAAUGUAAACGCUCCGCCCGACGCAUCACAGUUAUUAAAAGAUGGUGAAUCAGGUCAUACACCGGACACUGUAUCAGCGGAUGUCUCGGUAUCCAGUCCAUCCUCCUCUGCACCGGUUUCACCGGAAUCGAAAUCUACGUCGCGCCAAUCACCGGUCGUGGUCGUAUCUACCUCUACCAAUGCUGACACAUCCCAACUUUCUGCUUCUGUGCCUUCCACUCCACACAGAGAAGAUCCCGUCUCGGAAACGGAGGAUGAAGAAAGUGAAAGCGAUGAUUUUUCGGACAUGAAAGUAAAAUUACGCACACCGAUACGUAUGCGAUCACAAAGGAAACGUGCAGCAGCUGCCAUUGUCUCUAGUAGUAAGAAGAGUGAAUCUGAAAAAGAAGACUCGGACGCGUAAAAAAGGGAAGCGGAACCUAGCAAAGAGAACACUGAGCAUAUACCAUUUACAAAUUGUUACCACAUGCAUCAUCCAUAGAUAACUAUUUCCUAGCAUUUUAUCGUAAUACAUCUUGUUAAAUCCUAAAACGUAAUUAUAAAACCCAACAAAUUUGGCUCCAUCUGU